AUGACCAAAGACUCAUCGCAUACCUAUAUCCACCUCCAUCGCAGCCACCAUGCAGAUCUUCUAGAAGACUUCAAUCGAACUCAUCUUCCGCACGAAGAGAUCUACGUGCCACCCCAGCAUCAGCCUCUAAAUCCUGAUGACGAAGAUGAUGUUGUCCCUGAGCAGCAUGCUGCAUUUGGAAUUCAAAGAGCCACGCAGCGCCAGCAAGAACCUGCUUGGCGUGAUCUCGGUCUGGACAGGAUCUUGAACGAAGGUCCACCAAAGACUAAACGCCAGAACGAGCAGCUAUCAAAAGUCCGUCUCUUACGAUGA